UCCACUCCCCACUCUGCUCCUCGGCUUUACCAUAAUCAUCAACCUGCAUCUCUCUCUCUCUCUCUCUCUCUCUUCUUUUGCUGGUUCUUUAUGGUUUUGGCCCUUUCAUCCUCUCUCUUCACAUUUUGAAGCUUUGAUUUGAUGUUACACCCCCAAUUAAUGGAGCCAACAAAAGAGGACCAUAGCCUUCCUUCCUCCAAAUCUUCGCUCCCAAAGCCAAGGACUGAUCGUUUCAUAAGGUGAUAGUCUCUUGAAUCAGAUCCUCCAGGACAAUAGGAACAGUAGAGCUCCAAAAACAAUGGACGUGAUCUUCCGACAGGGAAUCACGAUGAAACCGAUAAUCGACCUCGAAACCGAAGCUUCACCAGAAAACUAUCUUUCAGACGCAAGUAGUCAAGCAGCUUCGAACUUGUCGCUUCAAAAUUACAGAUCGAUCUUCAACUCACCAGACCAAGAAAUUUCUCUGACUCUGAGUUUAUGUUUCAACAACAACAACAACGUGACGAACCCAGAUGAAUCUUCGUCUCUGGGACUGCCAUUAUCGAGCUCGAGCGAAAACAGCAACAACACAACAGAACAACAACAACAACAACCGUCUUUUACAGAGAGAGUCUUCACCUGCAACUACUGCAAGAGAGAUUUCUACAGCUACCAGGCUCUUGGAGGUCACCAGAACGCUCACAAACGCGAGAGAACGCUCAUGAGACACACGAUGCGGACCGGUCUAGGAAUUCUUGAUGCGGACAGCUACUCUGCCAUCUCAUGUCUUCCCCUGCACGGCGGCGGCGAUGGCGGAAACAACGCAGCAGCUGCUGUCACGUCAUUCAGGACUCUCGGGAUCAAACCUCAUUCGUUUUCUCACGGAGCACUGAUCAGGCCUCAGGAGGGGAUGAUCCAGAACACGGGGAGGUUCGACAAGGGGUAUUUCGGUAAUUUCGUACCCUGCUCCCGGGAAGAGGAUGAGGCCGAGUUGCUUUGGCCGGGGAGUUUCAGGCAAGAGGUUGCGGGUAACGGAAGGGAAGGUAAAGUGGGUUUCUUGGAUGUCAAGCGAUCGGAGGAGAUGGAGAACACUCUGCCGGAUCUAACUUUGAAGCUUUGAAUGAUAUCUUUUUUUUUUCCUUUUAGUUUUGCUGUUGCAGCUCUAUAACUCUCUUAUGUAUGGAAAUGGGCAUUGCAUAA